AUGGUUCAAUGUAAAAAAUGUAAACUCUUUGUAUCUGUGUCUAAAGACGAUACAGUAAAAUGUAAAGGUGCUUGUGAGGCGGUUUAUCAUAAAAAAUGUGUAAAUAAGCAAUUUUUGCAAAAUCAAUAUUGUGAUGGAUGCCAGCAAAGUGGGUCGCUCUCUCCGGAAGAGGACCUCAGGAUAAAAGUAAAUGAAGUAUCAGGCGAAAAAGUUUUACAAGAAAUAAACAAGAAACUGGAGGUACUUUAUAAAGUUGAAAAAAAAAUAGAAGAUAUGACAAAUACUAUCGAAUUUUACGCUGAUAUGUACCAAACAUUGUUACAAUUUAAAGAGGAAUCACAAAAGAAAAUAAAAACGCUGGAAGAAAAGAACAUAUACUUAAAUAAAUGUAACAAGGCAUUAGAAGAGAGGGUGCAGGAGCUGGAGAUGGCAGAAAAAGAAAAAAAUAUUGAAAUACAUGGAUUGGAGAUGCGUAGUAAUAAUGAAAGUACAUUAGCUGUAGUGCAAGAAUUGGCAAAAAAGCUGAACUUAAAUCCAAAUGAUAUUGAAGAUGCUAGGAGGGUAGGACAAGAUAAACCAGACGUUACAAAACCGAAAACCAUAUUAGUUACACUUCGGACCAAAACUGCUCGUAAAGACUGGAUGGCAGCAAAGAAGGGUAACAUGAUUACUAAUAAUAAAGUAUACGGCAAUGGUAAUGAUAAAAAAGUGUACAUAAAUGAAGAUCUACCGAAAUACAAGCGCCAACUCCUGUGGACUUGUGUAAUACCGAGUACGGAAACAACGCGCGAAGCGAUCGUGGACGGUCGGCUAGAGACGUCGUGCCUGGAUCACGUGUGGGUGCGAGCGGGACAGGGCGAGAGCGGCUCGGCGGCGUUCGUCCUUGAGACACACAUUUCCGAUCACCAUGCAGUUAGUAAAUUCCUAGAACGCUAUAACGUGUUGUCUAAUAAUCAACACGGAUUUAGGAAAGGGCGCAACACUGUAUCUGCCUUAACAGAAUUUGCAGAAUACACCAACGAAUCCUUAGACUCGGGUAAACAAUUAAUAGCACUCUUUAUUGAUUAUAAAAAGGCGUUUGACACUCUGGACCAUGACAUGCUGUUGAAGUCGAUGGAAGAGUGUGGUAUUCGUGGGCCGACUAAUGACUGGCUCAAAAACUACUUAACCGAUAGGAAAAUUCGCACGGUAAUCGCGGGAUUCUCGGGUGAGGAAGCAUCUGUUGAACUAGGCGUUCCGACCGGCUCGGUGUUCGGUGCCUUGUUGCAAAUAUGUCAAUGCAUCGACCGAAGUUUUCCCCCAAACUUUAAAUUCGGCGCCGCGACAGCAGCUUAUCAAAUAGAAGGAGGCUGGAACGCAGACGGUAAAGGCGAAAACAUUUGGGACAGGUUUGUCCACGAGAACCCUGGGAGCGUCAAGAAUAAUGCUACGGGUGACAUCGCCGCGGACUCCUACCACAAGUGGCGAGAAGACGUGAGGAUCGCUGCAGAACUAGGUCUUCAGUUUUAUAGAUUUUCUAUAAAUUGGCCUCGUAUUCUACCGACGGGGUUCCCCAACAAAGUGAAUAGAGCUGGUGUCAAAUACUACAGCGACCUCAUUGACGCCCUCAUCGCCGAGGGCAUAGAACCAAUCGUCACGCUCUAUCACUGGGAAUUACCAGUGACAAUUCAAGACAUGGGUGGUUGGACUAAUCCCUUGAUAGUAGAUUGGUUUGGAAACUAUGUGAGGGUGGUGUACAAACUUUAUGCUGACCGCGUCAAAACAUGGCUCACCAUAAACGAAGCAAUUGUUAUUUGCGAUUAUGGUUACAAUUCAGGAACUCAUGCUCCAAAGGUCAAGGAGCCAAUAUUGGGUCCUUAUUUGUGCAAUAAACACAUAUUGCUUGCCCAUGCCAAGGCUUACAGAAUAUUUGAUCAAGAAUUUAGACCCAAAUAUAGUGGAAGAAUUUCCAUCGCAAACAACAUGUUGUGGAUUGAACCAUUCUCUCCUAAGGACGUGGAACUGGCUGAGCUUGGGAGGGAAAAUGCGGUUGGCAGAUAUUGUCAUCCAAUAUUUUCGGAAAGGGGUGGGUGGCCGCUCUCUAUUGAAAAGGCUAUGCUGGAGUACAGUCUGACACAUGGAUACAAUGAGUCGACGCUUCCUUCUUUUACGGAUGAGCAAAAAGAAUUUGUUAAAGGUACAGCAGAUUUUUUAGCUAUGAACCAUUACACCACAUAUAUGAUCAGACGAGCAGAGCUUGGAGAGGACACCGGCUUCUGGUUUUUAACUGGCUCACCGCAUUUAAAUGCCAUAUUGGAACAUCCUCCCAAUGCACUUUAUGGCGCUUCUAAAUUAUUACCGAUAUACCCCGAAGGCAUCCGGAGACAGAUGGAGUGGUUGAAAAAACAGUAUGGAAACGUUGAUAUCCUAAUCACAGAGAACGGCUACUCUUCUGCGGGCAUCCAGCUCGACGACUAUGCUAGAGUUGACUUCUACAAAGCGUAUUUGGAACAGGUGCUGCUGUCCAUCAAAGUGGACAACGUUAGCGUUAUUGGGUUUACAGCGUGGUCACUCUUAGACAACUUUGAAUGGUUGCAAGGAUAUGAAGUUAAAUUUGGACUUUACGAAGUUGACUUCGAAGAUCCUGAUCGCAGAAGAACACCUCGAGCCUCGGCACAUUUCUACGCAUGCGUAAUAAAGAACCGGACACUUAAUGACACUUGCCUAAAGAAGACAUUCAUCGCAGGACGAUCCUAUCGAAGUAACGUAAGAAAUACCGCCCCAAUUACGCUAUACAGCAGUAAUAUUUUAUUUACUUUCUUAUUAUUAUUCUAUAUAGUCGAUAUUCUGUGAUUAUAUUUUGAAGCGAUAAUGUCUAUGGACGACGUUGACCUCUUCACAUUAGUUUGACCAUUUGCAUAGCUUCCUUACCCAAAAUAAAUUCAGAAAAUAAUUACUAGAACUAUAUAGUUAAACUAUUCCAUCAAUAAAAAUCCAUCCAAAUAUUAUAUGACGUAUUCCAAACGUACUCCUAAGUAGAUAUCAACUCGCAUGGACAUCUCAUAGCUGCAUUUUUUUAAUAGCUCUGCUAUAUAAUACCGUUCCACUCAUCUACUUAUGUCCACUUCAAUUCUAAUUUCCGAAGUCCCGAUAAGAUCUUCGCCGAAAAACACGUCAGUUUUUCGCGAAUCCACAAUGAAUACCAGUAAUUUUUUAAGAUCUACAAUGAUAUCACGUCAACUGAGUGUCCAAAUACAUUUGUCUUUUCUUUACUGUGUUUGGAAUAGGCUAUAAUAGUAUAUCGAAUAUGAGCAUCAACCAAAAAUCAAAAUCAAAACAUCCUUCAAUCAGGUAGGCUCAUAAAAGCACUUUUAAAUCAUCACAUUACACUGUUGAAUUAAAUGUAUAGCUACCGGUAGAGAAGAAGCGGUUAAAAACUCAGAGUAACCCUAUUCCGCCAUUUUAAAUACAGAGUAUGUCAAAAUGUGUAAAAUCAAAAUGCGUAUUUAUUUGACAAAUCUUUACUUGUAAACAAUCUUGUGUUUAUAGCAAUAAAACCUUCAUCAUUAAAAACAAAACAUAAACAGCUUGUAAUAAAUCGUUUUAUUUCUAUUCCAGUCUAUAAAUAUUAAGUUAAAUCUUCACCGUUUUCUUAAAAGCCUUCCCUAAAUUGAGCAAUGAUUCGUUCUUGCCUUUCCUUUUA